CAAAAUAAAAUAUUUUCAAAUGUUUGCAAGGUCUUCUCCAUCACUUCUUUUCCUUCCUAUCUUCUCGCUUUUCUUUUAAUUCUUGCCGUUGGGCCAAAUCCUCCAAGCAACCACCUCAGCCCACUUGUUUCUUUCCUCCACCAGAACCUAACUCCGGCAAGGAAACCAGCAGCCUUCCUUUGCUUUUCUUUUCUUGGUUGAUGGAUAGGGGCUUUGCCCUGUUUCUCUUCUCCCCCAACGCCCUCUCCUCCACUCAUUUGCCAUCCCACCUGCUCCCUCUCCCUUCCCAACCAAACCCUAACCCUUUCCCUCUAGCUGCCGCCGCCUCCUAUUUCUUUUUCUGUUUGUUCCGGGAGAAAUUUUUGGAAAGCAGAAAUAUUCAGUUAAGUUCAGAAAGCAUCAAGGAAAAACACUAGCGUCGCUCUGAUCAGCGAGCUGCAGAUCAUCUUCCGCUUCGUCGCUGUCCGCCUCCAGCUGUUCCCGACCGCGCGCCCUCAAGAUCGCCUCUCCGUCGACCACUCUGCACCGGCGUCCUCGUUCGUCCCCAUCAAGCUUCGAUGUCCGCGGCCGCGCCUUUUCAUCCCUGCUGCGUGCACCAGGCGUUCUCGUCUGCAGCUACCGUCGUCGUCACCUCUCCCAGACUCCACCGAGCGUAUCUGUGCAUCCAAGGUUGCAGCAGCAUUCCCAACCACGUCCCAGCCGCGUCCUGGUGUAGCUCCCCGCUGUAUCCUUCCGCUGCCGCCAAAAUCAGCAUCAACACCGCGUCCACCUACUCCGUCCCGCCUGUCAAUUUCUGCUCCGUGGGCUGCUCGAUUAGGCGAGGUCUGUCCUCGCUCACAGCUGAUGUCUUCUUCGUCAGUUCGUGUUCUUCCGCGUCUUGUGCAAGCCUAGUCUGCGUCUUGGAUGACGUUAAAAAUUCCCAAAUUCCCAGUUGGUUUGUUCCUUGUCCUGCAUCAUGCAAUUCCUGUAUUCCUAUUUCAUAGAAUUCUGUGCACCUCCUUGUACAUCAACUAUAGCUUAGCGUGUUGGUCUGAUUCCAGGACUGCAACCAGUCGAUCUUUAGUUCUAUCCUGGCAGUCACAAAUUUCAGUACCUUCCUUGCAAUUCAUCGCCACAUCCCAGCAG